GCAUUCCAGCCUGGGCAACAGGGUGAGACUCCGUCUCCCAAAAAAAAUAAAAAAGUAUUUUGCCAAUGUUAAAUACCUGGUUUUUAUCAUUGUGCUAUAGUUAUAUAAGAUCAUAACGUUAGGGGAACAUGGAUAAGGAAUUUAUAAGAACCCUGUAUUAUUUUUGCAACUUUUCUGUAAGCCUAAAAUUAGUUCAAAUAAAAAGUAUUUAAAAAGAAAUCGAAGUUUCAGACCAAAGGAUCAACAUAUACCAGGGAAAGGAAGAAUGGACAGCAUGUGGGAGGUGCUAUAAGAACUGAAGUCAGUACAGUGUGUCUGGAGCCUAGGCAACAUGUGAGGAAACAUUGUGAGAUGAGGCUGAAGACAUAGACUGGAGAACUUUAUAAACCAUGUUAAGGAAUUUAGAUUUUAUUUUUGGGAUGAUAGCUGUAAAGAAUUUUAUACAUAGAUUGAUAGUGAGGGGGACUUUGCAAAAGACCAAACAAGCUGAUAAGGCCCAAACUAGAGUAGCAAAAAUGCAGAGAAGUGGACAUGUGGACUUCUAGAAGGUAGAUCACCAUGGUUUGAUGAUUGGGUGGAUAGAGGAGGAAAAUAAGAGGAAGAAUUAAAAACUAAUGCUUAGUUUACAUAAAUUCAAAAACAGGUAAAACUAAACUGUGAUAUUAGAAUUCAGGUAGUGAUUAUUCUUGGAAAAACAUUGACUGAAAGGGGCAGAGUGGGGCUCCUGAGGCACUGGUGAUGUUCUGUUUCUUGACCUGAGUGCUUGGUUAUAUGGGUGUGUUCACUUUGUGAAAAUGUAUUAAGCUGUACACUGAAGGAUUAUACACCUUUCUCUGUGUUUGUUUGUUCUGGUUACUAUGCUCUGUGACAAACCAACCCAAACUUAGUGUCAUAAAAACAAUAGCCAUUUUACUAUGUGUACAAAUUCUGGGAAUUUGGACAAGAUGCAACAGGAAUGGCUUGUCUCUAUUCCAUGAUAUCUGGGGCCUUAUCUGUAAAGCUUGAACAUCUAGGGGUGAUUUGAGGCUGGUGACUGGAAGCAUCUGGAGGCUUCUUCAGUCACACAUCUAAUUCCUGGUCUGGGAUAACGAAAAAGCGAAAGUCAGUGGGGAAACUGUCAAACAGAACUUCUCACAAUAUGAUGGGUAGGUUCCAAGAGAGAACAUCCUGAGAGGGAGCUACCAGACAAGAAGCAUUCCAAGAGAACCAGAGGGAAGCUGCAUGGCCUUUUAUGAUCUGGCCUUAGAAGUCAUACAACAUCACUCCUGCUAUACUCUAUUGGUUGAAACUAUCACAAGGGAUUGGUGUCGAAGAAUUUGUGAACAUUUUUUUUAACUGCCACAAUGUUAUACAGUAAUAAUAAUAAAUGCUGUCAUAGGUUUUUUGCUGAAAGGGCAUAGAUAGGAAUUCUAGAAGAAAAAGUGGAGGAAGAUAAUGAGCUCAGUUAUAGACCCAAUGGGUUGAAGGUGACUGCGGGAUAUCCAAGUAGGAACAUCCAGUGAGCAGUUAGUCAUAUAGAAAACCGCAGCUCAGGGAGAGUUCUCGGGAGCCACUGUAUGGGAAAGGAAGUCCUGUGGGUGACUGACAUCAACCAGACAGCGUUAGGAGGAUGGCAAAAGUGGAAAGCCUAGAACAGAAUCCAAGAAAAAAAAAACACCGUCAUAGAAGGAAUAGACAGAGGAGCUUAUGAAAGACACUAAAAAUAAAUAAACAGAAAACUAAGACAUUAUGGCAUCACAAAGGAUUUUAUUCAUUUUGUUGCAUUAUUUUGAAUAUUGUCUUUUUAUUUUAACAAGCGUAACACUUUUCAAAAAGAAAUUAAGAAGCCACGGGAAAAGAGAGUUUUACAAAAAUUAAUUAGGGACCACAGGUUUUUCUUCUAAGAAACACUCCAAAAACACAAACCUGAUUUUAUCACUGAACUGUGCAAAACUCUUCACAGGUUCUCUGUUGCCAUUAGGUAAAAUCCAAGCUUUAUAACAUGGCUGACAGAACUCUUCCUGAGCUGGCCUCUGUCUAUCAUUCAACCUCAUCUCUCACCGCUACCCACUAGGCCAUCUAAAAAAAGCCAAUUGAUGUUUGCCCAGUCACCCAUGCUUUUUGAUAUCUCUAUGCCUUUGCCCACUUUGUGCACUCUGCCUCUAGUGCUCUUCAUCCUCCCAUCUCUGUACCCAACUCCUAUUCAUCCUGUAGAACCCAGGCUCUGUAGGGACACUUCAUGGAUACUAUAAUAACCUUCUGUGUAUCCACCUAACAGAGUACUCAUCAGUAGCCUGGCAAUGACUGCUGCUGUUUAAUUACCUAAUGUGUAAUUACCUGCUGGCCUGACUAUUUCACCUAGCAGACUGUGAGCUUCUGGAGAGGUGAGAGUGUGUCUUAUUCAUCUCCAAUUCCUAGUACUUAGCACAAUAUUGGCCUGGCACACAGAACACCUGCCUAUGGGUGUUAUGAUUUUGACUUGUUGACUGAGAAAGAUGAUAGCAGUGAAAGGAACAUCAGGUUGAGGGAGAACUUAUAGUGUUUUGUUUGUUUUGAUGUAGGAGAUAUUUAAGCAGGUUCACAAAAAGAGAAAAGUUGAAAGAUUAGGGACCAUAAAACACAUGGAAUAGUUGGUAGGAUGAGGUACUAGAAGUAACAAGAAGGAAAUGAACACAAAAGAACCAUAGGAUGGCCCCAUCGCACUAUCUAUGAUAGUGGUGUGAUGGGGAAAGAUGUAGGUGGAGGUAGAUAUGGGUGGGAUGUAGGUUACAAAAAUAGAGCUCACUUCUCAUGUGAGAGACAUCUCUUUGUCCCUGGACAAUAGUUUAGCACCUGACAUAGAUGAGCCAUUCAGUAAUAAUUGUUAAAUAAAUAAAUAGUGAGGCCCAAACAGAGAAUGUACAAAGAUAAAACAGAGUGUUUGAUCCUACACUAAAACUCAGGUCUUCUGACCCAGAGGACACCUAUGUAGCUCAGUUGCUGUGGAAAGAGGGGAGGAGGAAAACAGAGACAAGACCCAAGUUUCCCUCUGAGGCAUGCACCCCCACCUUCUCCAGGGAUCUUAUUAGAGGUGUUUAGCUGGGCAGGCAGAGUGCUAGAGCUAGACUCUAGCACUCAGUAGCGCUAGCUCUGGCUGUGUUGCUAAGAGCCUCAAAGACAAAGAAGUCACAGCAGGAGCCCAAGGGCAGCCUCCUUCAGGCAGUCAGGCACUAGCCCCCAACUCCCAAGUCCCCUACAGGCAGAGAGGGUGUGAAUAUCUCACACCCCAGCACCAGACCACAGAACUAUGAGCCAGGACACCAAAGUGAAGACAACAGAGUCCAGUCCCCCAGCCCCAUCCAAGACCAGGAAGUCGCUGCCUGUCCUGGACCCAUCUGGGGAUUACUACUACUGGUGGCUGAACACAAUGGUCUUCCCAGUCAUGUAUAACCUCAUCAUCCUCGUGUGCAGAGCCUGCUUCCCGGACUUGCAGCACGGUUAUCUGGUGGCCUGGUUGGUGCUGGACUACACGAGUGACCUGCUGUACCUACUAGACAUUGUGGUGCGCUUCCACACAGGAUUCUUGGAACAGGGCAUCCUGGUGGUGGACAAGGGUAGGAUCUCGAGUCGCUACGUUCGCACCUGCAGUUUCUUGUUGGACCUGGCUUCCCUGAUGCCCACAGACGUGGUCUACGUGCGGCUGGGCCCGCACACACCCACCCUGAGGCUGAACCGCUUUCUCCGCGCGCCCCGCCUCUUCGAGGCCUUCGACCGCACAGAGACCCGCACAGCGUACCCAAAUGCCUUUCGCAUUGCCAAACUGAUGCUUUACAUUUUUGUCGUCAUCCAUUGGAACAGCUGCCUAUACUUUGCCCUAUCCCGGUAUCUGGGCUUCGGGCGUGACACAUGGGUGUACCCAGACCCCGCGCAGCCUGGCUUUGAGCGCCUGCGGCGCCAGUACCUCUACAGCUUUUACUUCUCCACGCUAAUCCUGACUACAGUGGGCGAUACACCGCCGCCAGCCCGGGAGGAGGAGUACUUCUUCAUGGUGGGCGACUUCCUGCUGGCCGUCAUGGGUUUCGCCACCAUCAUGGGUAGCAUGAGUUCUGUCAUCUACAACAUGAACACUGCAGAUGCAGCUUUCUACCCAGAUCAUGCGCUGGUGAAGAAGUACAUGAAGCUGCAGCACGUCAACCACAAGCUGGAACGGCGAGUUAUUGACUGGUAUCAGCACCUGCAGAUCAACAAGAAGAUAACCAAUGAGGUAGCCAUCUUACAGCACUUGCCUGAGCGGCUGCGGGCAGAAGUGGCUGUGUCUGUGCACCUGACUAUUCUGAGCCAGGUGCAGAUCUUUCAGAACUGUGAGGCCAGCCUGCUGGAGGAGCUGGUGCUGAAGCUGCAGCCCCAGACCUACUCACCAGGCGAAUAUGUAUGCCGCAGAGGGGACAUUGGCCGAGAGAUGUACAUCAUCCGAGAGGGUCAACUGGCCGUGGUGGCGGAUGAUGGUAUCACACAGUAUGCUGUGCUCGGUGCAGGACUCUACUUUGGGGAGAUCAGCAUCAUCAACAUCAAAGGGAAUAUGUCUGGGAACCGCCGCACAGCCAACAUCAAGAGCAUAGGUUAUUCAGACCUAUUCUGCCUGAGCAAGGAGGACCUGCAGGAGGUGCUGAGCGAGUAUCCACAGGCACAGACCGUCAUGGAAGGGAAGGGACGUGAGAUCCUGCUGAAAAUGAACAAGUUGGACGUGAAUGCUGAGGCAGCUGAGAUCGCCCUUCAGGAGGCCACAGAGUCCCGGCUACGAGGCCUAGACCAGCAGCUGGAUGAUCUACAGACGAAGUUUGCUCGCCUCCUGGCUGAGCUGGAGUCCAGCGCACUUAAGAUUGCUUACCGCGUUGAGCGGCUGGAGUGGCAGACUCAAGAGUGGCCGAUGCCUGAGGACCUGGCUGAGGCUGAUGACGAGGGUGAGCCUGGGGAGGGAACUUCCAAAGAUGAAGAGGGCAGGGCCACACAGGAGGGACCCCCAGGUCCAGAGUGACCCCAUACCUAUCCCCAGGAUUCCCACCUCCUAGUGAAUCCAGUUGUAGUAAAGCCUAAUUGCUGCAACUCUGUCAUCCUGUCUGUGGGAUCACAGACAUAGGAGCAAAUUGGUCUGUAGAUGCCCAGCUAGAGACAUAGGAGUAUAGUGUACAUUCAGCCCCCACUCACCAAUACACACACACACACAGUUGCUCAUAGACCUGUUGGCCCCAAGACUGUGCAUUCCAUCUAAAAUGCUCUGGAAUUUCCAUUCUCAGAGCACAUAGCACACAUGCUUUCUCACAAGCACUGAUGUAUCUUACACCUACAUAAUAUAUACACAUUCAGUCAUGCACCUCCUAAACACACAUAUGCUGGCAGUCAUACACCAAUAGACACAGAUGCCCUUCACAGGUGUGCACACACUUGUGAAAACACAAAAGCACACCCUGGGCCCUCUAGGUCUAAGAUGUCUUUUGAAUGUUUCCCAUAUGGGCGAUUCACAAGUAUACCCUGAAAGUUGCACUUCAAUAAAGUAUUUGCCUCCUCCCUAAGCAUUUAUGGGGCUGGAAAGAAAAGGCAAAGUCAAUGGUGGGCCGGGAUGGAUUCUGUCUGAAUUCUGAAGUCUGAAGCCUGAAUUCUGAGUCUCAGAGGUGAUGAGCAUGAACUGUGUAGUAUCUAGUGAGUUAGAGUCAGAGGUGAGGUACCUUAAGAAUAGAGAAUCAAUAUUCAGCCUAGGCAAAGCAGGCUCUCACAUCACACUGCUGUAACAGUGCCCAUGCACACUGGCCUUUGCAUCCCACACUAGAGCAUAUGUUCUUGAUUUAUAAGCUCUGAGAGGUUUCAUCUAGUUAAAUGGGCCAGAGCAGAUACUUCUUCUUUUUCUUCCCUCUGGCCAACCCUAGAGCCUAGAUCCAGGGCUACCCUGUGUUCAGGGCUGAUUCCAAGAGAAGAAUAGUUCCAUUCUCCCAACAGAAAGAGGGUAAAUAGUUCCAACAGGACCAUUCACCUGGCCCAGCCAUACCAUGACAAUUGUUGGAACUGGUGUUGGUGCUGGUGGAAAUCCAGCCCUUCUUCUUUGCACAGUAUUCCAAAACAUAGGGGAGAGUAGAGACUAGGUUCAGUGGAAUAUUACGGUCAGAGGCAAUUAGAGAUGAGGGUGUUGGGAAUUUUGGAGUUGAGUCUGGUAUACUUGGAAGGAGGUCUGUACUUGGGGCAGGAAAGGUAUCAUAGGGUCUAUGGGGAGGAGUCUGAAGUCACAUCUGAACCAGAUUCACCCUGAGUCACCAUUGCAGCUCCUCCAGGGCCUGGCCAGUCUUGAGGUCUGAGCUGUGCCAGGUGGUAGUUUAAAAUAUAUCCAGGAUUUAACCUAUAGAUAUAACUGAGUGAUGUAUCUG